AUGGCGCCCUUGCAAAAGGACCACGAGCCGGUAGAAUGCCCAGACUGGCAGAUCGUGAACGGCGUUCGUAAGCGUCGGCAGCGGCAGUGCAAGGCGUGCUCAAUUCUAAAGCGCAAGGUUGGAGAGCGCUGCGCUACCAAGUACUACUGUGCAGCAUGCAGCAAGUCGGACACAGCACGGUACGUAGUUCAUUUUGGAGAAGUUGGUGAUGUUUAUCUAACUAGCUUUCUGCAGUUUGUACCUAAACACUACCCAGGGAACUCCAUGACGUGCUUUCUAAUUUGGCACAAUAAGUGGGAAAACGGGCGCAAACGUCCGCACCCGCGUUGUGGGCGCGACAUCCAGGCUCGGGCCGCUAGUACUGGCGGAGAUAAGAAGCGCAAGCGCCAGGAUUCUGAAGAAGACGCCGAAGAAAAGGAGGAUAAGGAUGAAGAGCAGGAAGCUAGCGAGGAGUAA